AUGGCAUCCACCCUGGCCAAGCAAAAGGGGGUCCUUCGCAAGGCCAUGAGAGCGACACUCGCCAAUCUGACGAGCGAGGAGAUACAGGCACAGUCGCGCCAGAUAACGCGUACGCUCCUCGCCCUUCCGGAAUUCCAGCAGAGCAGGAGCGUCAGCUGUUACCUCAGCAUGCCUACGGGCGAGGUCGAUACUUCCGCGGUUGUCGCUGCCAUCUUUGAUGCAGGGAAAACCCUCUACGUGCCGAAGAUGCUCGAUAAGGAGCGCGGCAUCAUGGACUUUCUCCAGAUCUUCGGCGAGCACGACCUGCACACGCUCCCCGCCGGCCAGUGGGGCAUCCGCGAGCCCGACGAGGUGCGCGACAGCGCGCGGAGGCCAAGCGGUCACGCAGAGCCGCUCGAGCUGAUCGUGAUGCCAGGGAUGGCGUUCGAUCGAUCGUUAUCGCGCCUCGGCUACGGCAGGGGCUUCUACGACCGCUUUCUCGCGGCGUACGCGCAGGCGGGCGCUGGCUCUGGCAGGGGCGGACGGCAGCGACCGCGGCUCGUCGCGCUCGCGCUGCGCGAGCAAAUCCUGGAGGCAGGAUUGGUGCCGGUGGGGGAGACGGACUGGAAGGUGGAUGUAAUAAUAGGGCCAGAUGGGAUCGUGCAGUCCUGA